AUGCCAUCGUUGACGGAUGGCCAUUCUUUCCAACAAACUGAAACAUUUUCAUGUUUCAUUCAAAAACUCAGCAAAGAAGAAACAAUUAUUGUUUGUGCCAACCAACAUGCAUACAAUGUGGCUUGUGUGCUAAAAUAUUUAGAAAAAACUUAUCCCUCCAAUUCUUCUAUUGAAUGCAACAAAGAAAUAAUUCAGUCUGAUAAUAUUGAGGAUUUGUUGCCCUUAUCCUCUAAAAGAGAGGAAUUAUUGCUAAAAUUUCAAAAGGGAGAUGUAGUUAUUGUUCCUUCAGAACAAAGUAUCCACGAGAGGGAUUCUUCGGGAGGUGAAUUUGGGGAAUUUCUUUCCAAAGAUUUAGUUGCCCCAUCAUCAGACUACAGUACCGACUCGCAAGCUGUUUUCACUAAUCGGGUGAAAAUAAUGUCAAGAGAUAAGAAAAUUAUAACAUUGCAAAACAAAAUGGAAAUAUUGGAGCAAGAAAAUGCUUUCAUGCAUCGCAAAAUGGAAAUAAUGGAGCAAGAAAAUGCAAAAAUGAACAGAAAACUGCAAGAAAUGACAGAAAAAUUUGAAAAACUGUUUAAUCAGAUUAACAAUAAAACAAGUCUUGGCUCAAAAUCGAAAUAG